AUGUCAACAUGGUGGCGACACUGCCACGCCAGAGCCGCAACGCUACUCACUUUGGCGGCCUUCACUGCCUUUGGAGGAGCUUAUCAGAUUUUUGAUGCGGCUCCAACCGGUAUUCCAACAGCCUGUGGAAACGCCCUAGCUGCCAACAUCUCCUGUGAUCAGCUUUUCUCUGCCUCGUACAUUGCCGGGGGCGGAUAUGUCAGCGCGGUUGCUCUUGACGAUGUUUGCUCGACAAGCUGUACAGCUCGCUCCUGA